CUGCAGCAGCUGGUGGAACCAUGGCAACAACUCCUGAUGCUGCCUUUGAGACCCUCAUGAGUGGAGUGACCCACUGGGAUCUACCUGACGAACCAGUUCCCAGUGAGCUGCUCCUUACUGGGGAGGCAGCCUUCCCAGUGAUGGUGAAUGACAAGGGCCAGGUGCUCAUUGCUGCCUCUUUCUAUGGUCAAGGCCGCCUUGUGGUCGUAUCCCAUGAGGGCUACCUGAUGCAUGCUGGCAUGGCCCCAUUUCUUCUCAAUGCAGUGAGCUGGCUCUGCCCCUUCCCAGGGGCUCCCACUGCAGUGCACUCUUCCUUGGCAUCACUAGCUAACAUCCUGGGUGACUCUGGGAUAGAGGCACUGGUUCAGCCCGAACCUGGAGAGACUCUGGGGGUUUACUGCAUUGAUGCCUACAAUGACACCUUGACUGAGAAGCUAGUCCAAUUUGUGAAGCAUGGUGGGGGCUUGCUCAUUGGGGGCCAAGCCUGGUAUUGGGCCAGUCAACAUGGUAGGGACAAGGUACUGUUCAGUUUCCCUGGGAACCAGGUGACAAGUGUGGCUGGAGUGUAUUUCACAGACAUCUAUGGGGAUAAAGACCGGUUCAAGAUCUCUAAGAAGGUACCCAAGAUCCCAUUGUACAUUAGGUGUUGGGAGGAGCUCAGGCAUGACCAGGAGCAACUUCUGCAUGGAAUCUCUGAGUUGGACAUCAAGACUGAAGGUGUCCCCUCACAGCUGUUGGUGCAUGGGUCCCUGGCCUUCUCUCUGGGGCUCGCUCCCUCCUAUCUUAGCUGCUUCCUAGCAGCUGCCCGCUAUGGCCGGGGUCGUGUGGUGUUGGCUGCACAUGAGAACCUUCUCUGUGAUGCUAAGAUGGAGCCCUUUUUGGUCAAUGCUAUACACUGGUUAGCCAGAGACCAGAGAGACAAUAUUGGGGUGAACAAAAGUCUCAAGACUCUGCAUUCUCUAUUGUUGGAGCAUGGGUUGAAAUGCAGCCUGGAAUCUCACUUGACCAACAACAUGCGUGUCUACUGCUGUAUGGCUUAUAGUGACCAGGAUGCCAAGAAAAUACAGGAGUUUGUAGCAGAGGGUGGGGGGUUGCUCAUUGGUGGCCAGUCCUGGUGGUGGGCAUCCCAGAACCCAGGCAGGUCUGCUUUGGGCAGUUUCCCUGGGAAUGUCAUCCUUAACACCUUUGGCCUCAGCAUCCUGCCUCGGACCCUCAGCACAGGCUGUUUCCCUGUCCUCCUUGAAGAUAUAAGGGAGUACCACUUUCGAAAGGCUCUCUCCAAGUUCCAGGCUAUGUUAAACCACAAGGGUGGGAACUUAGUAAAGAAAUAUUUGGCAAGGUUGGGAGUCGAUGUUUCAGGCUUCCUUCAGAUUCCUGCUCAGGGAAUUCCUGCUUAUAAAUCUGUGCACCGGGUCCUGAGGAAGAUGUUGCAAGAGGCAGGCCUCCCAGCUGUGAGCAAGAAAAAUCCAGUUUCCAGUGACUCCUGUGAGGCAGCAAUGCUCCAUAUAGCCACAGAGCUAGCACACUCUGGGACUGAUUGCUCUGAGAUAGUUCAUAGCCUUGGCACACAGACCGGCUCCUCCAGUCCCUGCCCCUCAGAGCACCUCAUUACUGUGGAGAUCAAUGGAAGCAACCCAGGAGACAACAAUGCCUGGAUGAGCACUGGUCUUUACCUCCUCGAAGGACAAAGCGCAGAGAUCUCUGUCUCUGAACAUGCUGUGUCUGCUGGCUUGAAGGUGCAGAUUGGAUGUCACACUGAUGACCUUAGUGAGGCCAGAAAGCUAUUUCGAGCCCCUGUGGUAACUUACCAGUGUUGUAUGGACAGAACCCAACGGUCAGUCUGCUGCCUCUGGGGUGGUCUCCUGUACAUCAUUGUGCCCAAGGGCUGUCAACUUGGCCCUAUAUCUGUUACCAUCAGGAAGGCAGUGCCUGCCCCAUACUACAAACUUGGUAAGACAUCGCUAGAGGAGUGGAAGAGAUGUAUCCAGGAGAACCCGGGCCUCUGGGGAGAGCUGGCCACAGACAACAUCAUCCUGACAGUGCCAACUGCAAGCCUCAAGGAUCUGGAGGAUCCAGAGCCUCUGCUCCAACUCUGGGAUAAGAUGAUGCAGGCCGUGGCCAAGUUGGCAGCCAAGCCCUUCCCUUUCCAAAGACCUGAGAGAAUUGUCGCUGAUGUGCAGAUCUCAGCUGGCUGGAUGCAUUCAGGAUAUCCCAUCAUGUGCCUCCUGGAGUCGGUGCAGGAGCUCAUCAAUUUGACAAGCAUAAAAAGUAACGGCCUGUGGGGACCCAUCCAUGAGCUCGGCCACAAUCAGCAGUGCUGGAAUUGGGAGUUCCCCCCACAUACCACAGAGGCCACCUGCAACCUCUGGUCAGUCUACGUUCAUGAGACAGUCCUGGGGAUCCCCAGGGCUCAGGCCCACCCUGACCUGAAUCCCGAAGAACGAGAGAAGAGAAUCAAAGAGCAUCUUCAGAAGGGAGCACCCCUGAGUAACUGGGAUGUGUGGACAGCACUGGAGACGUAUCUGCAGGUACUGAGCACAAUUUCAUGGAGAUGGUGAAGACAGACUCC